AUGAGCAGUAACGAGUGCUUCAAGUGUGGUCGUUCUGGUCACUGGGCUAGGGAGUGCCCUACAGGUGGCGGACGUGGCCGAGGUGGUAGAGGCAGAGGACGUGGUGGAUUUAACUCAUCAAGAGGGUUCCAAUUUAUUUCUUCAUCUCUUCCAGACAUUUGUUAUCGUUGUGGAGAGUCUGGCCAUCUUGCUAAGGAUUGUGACCUUCAAGAGGAUGCUUGCUAUAACUGCGGCAGAGGUGGCCAUAUUGCAAAGGACUGCAAGGAGCCAAGAAAGGAGAGGGAGCAGUGCUGCUACAACUGUGGCAAACCAGGCCACCUUGCCCGUGACUGUGACCAUGCUGAUGAGCAGAAAUGUUAUUCUUGUGGAGAGUUUGGUCAUAUCCAGAAAGACUGCACCAAAGUCAAAUGCUACAGGUGUGGCGAAACUGGCCAUGUAGCCAUCAACUGCAGCAAGACCAGUGAAGUCAACUGUUAUCGCUGCGGGGAGUCGGGGCACCUUGCACGGGAAUGCACGAUUGAAGCUACAGCUUAA